AUGACUGAUACGAAGACAGCCUCUCCCAAUGUGCGCAAUGAGGAUCCUGCCUCGCCAGCCGAUACAACCAAUCACAGUCAUGGAGUCGACAUGGAGCUGUACAGGGCGACAGUCCCGCUGUGGAAACGAGUAUGGCAGCACAGUUUGACGCAGAUGAUGAUUCUGAGCGUCCAGUCUUUUUGUGGACCAGCCAUGUCUGACGCGAUAACUGGUCUCGGUGGUGGUGGUCUCGCAACUCCUCAGGUUUCAAACAUUGCGAACGCAAUUCGAUAUGCCAUGCUUGCUCUCGUUUGCUUUUUCGGCGGUCCCAUCGUGAACAAGCUCGGUGUUAAGUGGGCUUUGGUCAUCGGCUCAAUGUCCUUUCCUAUCGAGGGGUCGGCAUACUACUGCAACAGCAAGUUUGGAAACCAAUGGUAUCUCAUCCUCAGCGGUGCCAUUGCCGGUAUUGGCACCGGUUGCUGGUAUGUCGCUGAAGCCGGUGCCAUCAUGACGCUUGCACCUACGGGCGCUCGUGGAAAGUAUUUGGCUCUGUGGAUUGUGGCGCGGAAUCUCGGACAGCUGGUUGGAGGUGCAAUCAAUCUGUCAAAGAACCACGUAAAGGGGGCCAGUGCCAGUGUCACUCCGGAUACUUACAUUGCCUUUGUGAUCAUCGAGUGCAUCGCCUUUCCAUUCGCGCUGAUGAUUACUCCUUUCGAACGCGUAGUCCGAGAUGAUGGUACACAAAUUGUCAUGGCAGAGACCCUCACCACCAAGAAGGAAGUUAGGCGCAUUGCGAAGACGAUAACCUCGAAGCUCAUUGUGCUUUCUGCUCUUUGGGCGCUGUGGUCAUUUUUCUACAGCGGGAGCUGGUCCACCUACCUAGGAACCUACUUCUCCGUCCGCGCCCGAGCCCUUUCCUCUCUAGUGUCACCUUUUUUCUGCAUCAUCGGCUGCUUCGGCCUCGGCUUCAUCCUCGACAUGAAAUACCUUGGCCAGCGCCGCCGCGCCCAAGUUGGUCUCUACACUGUCGUCAUCCUCAACAUCGGCGUGUAUAUCUGGUCCAUUAUCAUGCAGACCAGAUUCAAGCGCCAUGAUCCUGGCAAGAUUGAUUGGGACGACGGACUGUAUCCUUCGUCAUUUCUGCCGUAUUUCUUUGUGCAGACGACAGGCCCAUUGUCGCAGUCGUAUAUGUAUUGGCUGCUGUCGUCGUUUGCGACGGAUGCACAGGAAAACGUUCGUAAUGGCGCUGCAUUCAGAUGUAUCGAAGCUAUUGGUCAAGCGAUCGCCUACGGCAUGAAUACCCAGACAGAAAGUGACCCUCUUACUGGAUUUUGUGUGACAUUCGCCCUUCUCGGGGCCGCUAUACUCCCCAUGAUCAUGCUCGUGAAUACAACACCAGAGCGUAUUCCCGCCGAUGUAAUUGCGGAGCAGCAGAAUGCCACUUCUCGAAAGGGUGAUGAGGCCUGA